AUGGAGGAUCCCCAGAGUCAGCUGGUGGAAUACCAGGGAACCCAGUACAAUGUCGUCAAAGAAGGAUUGGCAAAGAUUCUCAACCCGCCUGCCCAAGAAGCCGCUUCUAAGGGAACGAAGAAAGAUCUCAAAGCCGACGACCAGACCCAAUCCGUCUUCUACAAUCCAAUUCAACAAUUCAAUCGUGACUUGAGUGUGCUGGCCAUUCGCGCUCACGGAGAACAUGUCUUAGAUCUGAAGAAACAAAAAGCUGCCCAGAAGCUGAAGAAGCAGGCAGCCAAUGGGGAAAAGAAGCGUAAGCGCGAAGACGAUCAGACGGAGAACCCGAGGCCCGCUCCCAACGCAGAAAACAAGGAUAACACAGAGCCUAAUGACCAGCCAGUGCCUGCUGCCCCAGUUGAGCAAGAACCGCAGUCGAGUGUUCAACCCCAGCAGCCCUCAACACCAUCUUUUACUGUCCUCGAUGCCCUGUCUGCAACCGGAUUGCGCGCUCUUCGCUAUGCCUCAGAGCUGCCAUUUGUCACAAAGGUCGUAGCCAACGACUUAUCAGAGUCGGCAAUCAAGUCUAUGAAGAAAAACAUCGAGUAUAACGAGCUCCAAACAAUCCAACCCAACUUGGGCGAUGCUCGAGUUUAUAUGUAUGGGCUUGAUAACGCCAGCAAGUUUGACGUUAUUGAUUUGGAUCCAUAUGGCACAGCAGCUCCAUUCUUGGAUGCUGCAGUGCAGGCAGCUAAAGAUGGCGGCCUUUUGUGUGUCACUUGCACCGAUGCUGGCGUCUGGGCUUCGGUUGGCUAUUCGGAAAAGGCAUUCUCUUUGUAUGGCGGUAUCCCUAUGAAAGGCUCCCACUCUCACGAGGGUGGUCUGAGAUUGAUUUUGAAUUCCCUUGCCGCAUCAGCGUCCAAAUAUGGAGUGGCCAUUGAACCAUUGUUGUCUCUGUCAAUCGAUUUCUACGCUCGCGUGUUUGUUCGGGUCCACCGUUCUCCCGCACAAGUCAAAUUCAACUCCGGCAACACAAUGCUCGUCUACAGCUGUGAUGCUGGCUGUGGCGCAUGGUCAACACAGACCGUCGGUAUCAACAAAUCCAAAUUGGACCGCAAGGGAAACCCCAUCUACCACCACGGGGUUGCUAAAGGACCCUCAGCUGGUCCACACUGCGAACAUUGCGGCUCAAAAACGCAUCUCGCAGGCCCCAUGUGGGGUGGUCCGCUCCACAACCCUCACUUUAUUCAGAAGAUCUUGGACAUGCUUCCCGGAGCUGACACUGACACAUAUCAGACCACUGCUCGGAUCGAGGGCAUGUUGACCACAGCCCUUGAAGAAGACCUGGACAUCGCACCAUCUUCAUCAGAGACAUCCAGUCCCAAACAACCUGCCGCAGAAACAAAGAGCGAGCAGGAAGUUACAUACCCUGCCAUCAUUCCCCGUAUGGAUGUCGCCGCACGAGAAAAAUACCCAUUCUACUUCUCCCUCAGUUCUCUCGCCAAGGUUCUGCAUUGCACUACCAUCCCAAUCGACGAGUUCCGCGGUGCUCUCAGCCAUCUCGGCUACCGCUCCACCCGCAGCCACGCCAAGCCCAACUCCAUCCGCACCGAUGCCCCCUGGGAGGUGAUUUGGGAGAUUAUGCGUGAGUGGGUCCGUCAGGAAUCGCCCAUCAAAGAAUCUUCAUUGAAACCUGGAACUGCCGGUUUCGCGAUCAUGGGCAAGAGCCGUGAAAACCUGCGUAAACUGGGCGACGAAGACCAAUGGCUAUCGCUUCUCAAAAAGGAUCUCAUGUCUGCUGUUGAUUCUGGUAGAGACAUCAGUGACUUGGUCACUAAAGUUGAAGCUGCUCUAUACCGAUCUGGAUCGCGAAACUCGUGGCAAAAGGAUGGCGCUUCUACAGAGCCUCGUCCGGAUGCUGAGACCCAAUCUGCACCGGCUGAGGAACCUGUCGCUGCUACUACACAGGCCUCCAAGCCGCCUCAUCCUAGCGCCCUCACUGUGGUUUUUGAUGAGGUUCGAGGCCGUGAGGUGUCUGCUGCGCAUACUAAGAAGCGACUGGUGCGGUAUCAGCUCAAUCCCCGUGCUAACUGGGGUCCUCUCAACCGGGCAGGACGUUAA